AUGGCGAUGCUUCGGUACAGGUCCUCUGUGCAUUCCGGCGCUCCAUCCGUUGGACCUAUUUCUCGAUUUAGUCAGUUCUUUCUGUUUGUAAUAUUCGUCUUCCUGACCGGUGCGCUCCGGGCCGAUAAUGACCGUCAGAUCUCUCUUUCCGAAGCAGCAACCUACGCACGCGAUUCGUCGACAGCAGCUCGGCCGAGCAUCAACAGCCUCGCCUUCUCCGGCUCUGCUUCCGCGACAUUCGCCGCGAAGGCUGGCGGAGAUUUGCGAAAAGAGUCGCGAACGGACGGCUCCUUACACAUACACGGCCCAAUGGAGCUUCCGCCGGGUUCUAGAAGCGAGGUGAAGAUAACGGUGGGAGGGGUGGAGCUUGGAAUGGAAGAUGACACGUGGUCGUACCUACGUGACGCUAUAGGGAGUGAUAUUAUAGUGAAGCCAGGGGGAACAGAGGAGGUGCUAGUGAUUGAGGCGGUUCACGGUGAUGUUGGGAGGCUAUCGCUAAGUAUUUUUCUUAAAGUCGAAGCGCACGCGGAUUGCGACUGCGAGUACCUGCUGCUGCCGAUCGAUCUGACGACGUCGCCAGGUGGCGUCGUCUCAAUGGCGGAUGAGAUCGACUUCGGCACGCUGACGUCAGCGCGGGACACGGUGAUCCGCCAUGUGGAAUUGGGGAACGUGGGCAGCACCAUGGCGACCGUGGAAGACGUCCGGCUCGCGACGGCGCAGUCAAGCCCGUCGCUUGUAGAGGUGCCGUUUAAAGCGCGGAUAGUUCUGGGUAGCGUGACAGUGGAGCCUGUCGAAAACACUGUCUUUUUCUUCGCAGCAGCACCUGAGAAAGAGAAGCAGCCGGCAGGAGAAAUUUCCGGGCAGCCUGGGGGAGAAAACAUUGGGUUUGUUCGAUCUGCAGUGACCAAGGAGUUGGUCCUGCGAAAUAAGUUUUCCUGCCCGGUGCUCGUAUACGAUGCGUUCUUUUCGCACGACUGCAUUCAGGCCAAGGAUUUCCCGUCCUCUCUGCUUCCCCCCGGCGGCAUCAGCAAACCGUUUCUUUUGCAGCUGAAUCCGGAGAAGCUGCCGCUAUCACUCACUAUAGUGAACUUCACUAUAGCGACGAAUGUGAGUGAUAUGGUUGUGCCACUGCACGUGCUGCCUGGGUUAUUGGAAUUGGACGUUCCGCGAAACAUAUCGUUUCGCUUGGCCAAUCCGGGCCCGUUCCCGAUCGCCAUCAUGUCCGCAUCAUGCUCAUCCCGCCACGUCACCGUCCACGUCAGCGACGUUAUCCACAUGGAGGAGAGGGAGGCAAGGCGCGCCCCGGUGCCUGUGGCCCUGUCGUCUGCUCUCCCGUCCUCCCAGCAUCAUAUUUUCCACCUCCCCAUUAGGUUACACCUGCAGACGCUUGCUAGCAUUCCAGAGUUUCAUACUGCGGAAGUGACUGUAAAGUUUGUUCCUGUAACGGAAGGAGCAGGGUCGGAGCUGCUGGUGCUUGAAACGAAGCACCAAUUAGUGAAGCUUGAUCUCAAAUACGCAUCCUUUCGAGGCGAGAUUGCGGUUUCCCCGAAGCUUCCGCUCGUGUUCCCGUCGCUCUUUCCAGGAAAGGCCCACAGGAUAAAACUCUCGGCCAACAGCACCUUCCCUCAUCCCCUUGUUGUGACCGGAAUUAGGGUUUCGGAUUCUAGGGUUUCCGCUGAUCUCAAGGGUACCGUGCUGGGGCCAUCUAAUGAAACGGAGUUGGGCGAUCUUGUGUUUUCCAUGCCCUUGCGCGAAACCUUUGUGACUGCAAGCGGAGGUGCUUCUAACGGGAGCGAGAGCUGGGGUCGGAUGCUGGAGAGGCUGCAGGAUGGUGGGAGGAGGAGCCCAGGCGGUGAUAAUAACGAGGGGAGGGACCCGUGGGGUGAAGGUGUGACUAAAGAGGAACGGGAAACAGCACAGGGGAGGCUGGAUGAGUGGACGCGUGUGGUGCGUGCAGGCGAGAAUGUGAUUGUAUCCUCUUUGGUUCUUGAAACGGAGGUGAUGGAAUCAGAGCAUGUGGAGGUGAAAGGGGUGCUGGCGAAGCCGCGAGUGGUGUCAGAAGCUUCGUCUAGUUUGCAGUUUGGUCGGGUACAGGUGGGAACAGCAGCAGGGGAGAUGGUUUUGGUGCAGAAUCCGAGUGACUACCCCGUGCGUGUGCGCCUGGUGAUGGAUGAACCGUCGGGAUUCAGGGUUUGUGGGAAUGGGAACGGUGGGAAUGGCAAUGCCUCUCACUUGAGCGUUCCCUGGCUGGGUUUCGGGGCACCUUGGCUUGGAUUGGGCGUAAGGAAGGAGAGCGAGGAGGGUGGGGCGGGUUUUACCUUGGCGCCGGAUGCUGUGACGGAUUUGAUUCUGCCGCCCGGGUGGGAGGGGCGGCUGGGGCCGGUGGUUUUUCGGCCGGAUGCUGUAGGGUGUGUGUAUAACGGAUCAGUCUAUGUGCGGAAUAAUCUGACGUUAUUGGAGGAGGUGAGGAUGGUGGGGGAAGGGGGAUCGGGAGUGCUGCAUGUGAUAGGCAGUAGAGGGCCUGAGAUGCUGCUGAUGGUGAAUGUGACUGAAGAGCAUGUGCUUGUAAAGGAGCGGAGGGGGAGGAGGCUGGUGGGAGCGGCAGGGGGGGCUUAUCCGAGGUUUUACGUGACUGAAGUUGAGAGCAGUGUAGGAAAGGUGAAAUGGCCAGUUGUGGCCGAGCGGAAGUUUAAGCUGGUUAACCGGGGCGAUUUACCCUUGAAAAUCACGAGUACGAGCCUGCACGGGGCCAAAAGCAAGGUCGUGUGUUCCCUUCGAGGAUUCUCCAUACAUCCAUGCGAGCCCUUCACGCUCGCCCCAGGCCAAUCCAACCCUCUUCUCCUCUCUUUCACACCGGACCUCACCUCCACUGUUGUUCGCGCCGUCCUCCAUAUAGAGUCAUCCGCUGGUGCGCACGAGCUUCCGAUUCGGGGGUACAUUCCGAGGAACCUCGCAGUGAUUGCAAUAGACGCUGAGCCAAGGCAUCCUAUGGAUUCAGUUAUGAAAGCUGUAGUGGCUUCGAUGCUGGUAGCCAUGUUUGGGCUGCUGGUGCGGGCGGCUGUGUCUCAGCUUACUCUCUUCCCCUCCCCGUGGUUCCCCGGGUUCUCUGCUGCUGCGGCGGCGGCACUGACUAGAAGGCUGCAGAAGAAGCAGAAUGCGCUGCUGCUCGCGAAUCAGCUUCAUGGCUCUGCUGCUGGUGGGGGAGGGGGAGGAGCGCCGGGCGGAGGGGGUGGCGCAGGGGGAGCGGGAGGUGUGGGGCUGGUUGGGGGAGUGGGGGUUGGCGGGGUGGGAGGCGGGGGUUUUGCAGCAGAUGCAGAGACGCGAGCGCGAGUGGUCAGGGUUCGAGUCUCGGUAGCGCCGAUUUCUGCAGGGAGAGGGCAGGGAGGAGAAGCGGGUGGAGGGGUGAGUGGCGUUGUGGGGAUGCAUGUUGGCAAGGGACACGACGGGCCUAUGGGGGAUUCUGGGCCGUCCUGGGUGGUAACCCGAGUGGAGAAGGUUACAGAUGGGGCGGAUGGGGAGGACGAUGGCGUUACUGAUGCUGAGAUUGGGCUUGGGUUGGAAACGGUGCUUGCAGUGCGGAAGCAGCAUAUGGAGCAACAGCAGCAGCAGCAGCAGCAACAGCAGCAGGCGGGUUUAUCAAGUCAGCAGGCGUCAAGGGCAGUCUUGGUUGCUCCCCAGGCAGUGGAGCAAGGGAAGAAACAUACAGGCCAGAAGUCUGACUCUGCAGGAGGUCAGAUGGCAUCCCAACAACAGCCGGAGCAGCAGCAGCAGCAGCAGCAGCAGCAGGUGUGUGUUGAUCGUGGGGCAGGGAAGAGUGACGUGCUGAUUGCAAGCGAGGCAACUGUGGCAGCGGUGGCAGUGGCAGCUGGUAAAGCAGCACGGAAGAGCGCAGAUUUAGGGACAGCAGGGGCGUUUGCGCCUGGAGCAGGCUCAACUGGGGGAGGCGUAGCUGUUGCAGGUGGAGGGUAA